AUGGCCAGUCUGCUCCGGGCGGCAGUAACCUGGGGCCGGUUCCCUUGGAGGGGCUACUGCUCCAGGGGGACUCAGGGCAAACUCAGCAGGGACUUUGUGGAGACUCUGAAGGCAAUUGUGGGGAGCCCCCAUGUGUCUACUGCUGCUUCGGUCCUAGAGCAACACGGGCAUGAUGAGUCAAUGCACAGGUGCCAACCUCCAGACGUCGUGGUGUGGCCCCAGAAUGUGGAGCAGGUCAGCCAGCUGGCAGCCCUGUGCUAUGGCCAAAAUGUGCCCAUCAUCCCAUUUGGUACAGGCACCGGGCUUGAGGGUGGAGUCUGUGCUGUGCAGGGUGGUGUCUGUAUCAACCUGACACAUAUGGACCGAAUCCUGGAGCUGAAUCCGGAAGACUUCUCUGUGGUGGUGGAACCCGGCGUCACCCGCAAAGCACUCAACACCUACGUGCGGGACAGUGGCCUCUGGUUUCCCGUAGACCCAGGGGCAGACGCCUCUCUCUGUGGCAUGGCGGCCACCGGGGCCUCGGGCACUACCACUGUGCGCUAUGGUACCAUGCGGGACAACGUGCUGAACCUGGAGGUGGUGCUGCCUGGCGGGCGGCUGCUUCACACUGCAGGCCAAAGCCGUCAUUUCCGGAAGAGUGCAGCUGGCUACAACCUCACCGGGCUCUUUGUGGGCUCUGAGGGGACACUGGGCCUCAUCACAGCAGCUACACUGCGCCUGCACCCUGUCCCUGAAGCCACGGUGGCUGCCACCUGUGCAUUCCCCAGUGUCCAGGCGGCCGUGGACAGCACCAUACACAUCCUCCAGGCUGCAGUGCCCGUGGCCCGCAUUGAGUUCCUGGAUGAUGUCAUGAUGGAUGCCUGCAACAGGUACAGCAACCUGAACUGCUCCGUGGCACCCACGCUCUUUCUUGAGUUCCAUGGCUCCGAGCAGGCACUGGCAGAGCAGCUACAGCGGACAGAGGAGAUUGCCCAGUACAACGGAGCCUCCCACUUCUCCUGGGCCAAGGAGGCGGAGCAGCGCAGCCAGCUCUGGGCCGCAAGGCACAACGCCUGGUACGCAAUCUUGGCCCUGCGGCCAGGCUGCAAGGGCUAUGCCACGGACGUUUGUGUGCCCAUCUCCCGGCUGCCGGAGAUCCUGGUGCAGACCGAGGAGGACCUGAAGGCCUCGGGGCUCACAGGAGCCAUUGUUGGACAUGUGGGCGACGGCAACUUCCAUUGCCUCCUACUGGUAGACCCGGAGGACGCCGACGAGAUCCACAGGAUUAAGGUCUUCACACACCAGCUGGGCAGGCGGGCACUGGCACUCCGUGGGACGUGCACUGGGGAACAUGGCAUUGGGCUGGGCAAGCGGCAGCUGCUGCAGGAGGAGGUGGGCACCGUGGGCAUGGAGACCAUGUGGCAGCUCAAAGCUACACUGGAUCCCCGAGGCCUUAUGAACCCGGGCAAGAUGCUGUGAGGGGGCCCCGAGCACUUGGCCCCCAAACCCCCAGACAACGGAACCUCCUGUUCUGGAAUCUUGCUUAACGACAGAGAACAGCUCUGCCUUUCCCUCUGAUCUGGAACCCAAGGCCAGAGGCUAAGCGAGAAGCCUGGACACUUGGCUCCUUCUUGGACCUCGUGUCCUCAGGAGCCUUUGGUCUAGUAAAUGGCUCAGGGUCAUUCCGGUGACACUUCCUCCUCUGUUCUCUUACACAUCCUGUCCUGGACGGAAGAGGCAGUAUGGGUCACCCCAAAGAAUAAGGUGACCCCUCUCCAUUCAUUGCUGGGGGCCUGGGACCAAGCCUGAGGGACCCAGCACCCUUAGCCCUACUCUGCCUGGUGACAGGAAUACUCCUUUCUUGGUGUGGAAGGAGGCCUUGAUAUUGCUUCUUGGGGUUCUCAAAAUAAAUCUGAACCCCAUUUGCGGCAACCUGGAGAUGAGCAGGCAGUACCUAUGAACGGCUUCCCAUGCCACCCCCAUUCAGGUUCUCUGUCCUUUGGCCUGUGACACACUCAUCCCUCAUUCCGGACCUGUUCUCUGACUUGUUGCAUUCUGAGGCUACAGAAGAAGGUCACUUACAGGGGCCCAGGUCCCGGUCCCAACUGCUCUGCCUGAGAACCCCAGGGCCUGAGGACUUGCCGAUGGCCAGCAUCUCUUACGACAGACUCCCCCACUGAGCCCGGGUCUUAGGACAUUCUGAACAUGUUUUUUAAGCAGCUGCUACCAGUCAUUGGAAAUGGAAGUGAUUUGCCUCAUCAUGUGAUGUAUUAUACUCCCAGCUUUUUUGCCCUCAAAGUCAGGAUCUGCCACCGGGCAUGCCCCGGCCUUGGGAUGACUGCUAGAGCUACUGGACUAGGGUAUGAGUUGUUCCCCGUAAGCCCACGAGAGGGCGCCUGACACCAUAAACUCAGACACCAUAGACUCUG